AUGGAAGUAAUUGAAUGCAUGCUGGAAAACAUGCAAAAAGAAAUAAAACAACAAAAGAUUGAUUUGCUCGAAAUGAAAGAAGAUAUAAAAACUGCUAUUAACAAUAACAUAAAUGACAAGUUUAGAAGCUUGGAAAUUAAAAAUGAACGUAUAGAAAAGAAAUUAGAGGAGCAUUCUUCAGCUAUCAAAAAUUUAGAAAGAUACACGAGACGCAAAAACUUGAUUAUAUUUAGAGUAGAAGAACGAGAAAAAUCCUAUCACGAUUUAGAAAAAAUAAUAUUAGAUAUAAUAUAA